AUGGCUAUCUCCAAGAAUUUACCAUUAUUGAAGAACCACUUCAGAAAGGCCUGGCAAGAACGUGUCAGAGUUCACUUCGACCAAGCCGGUAAGAAGGGCUCUAGACGUGAUGCCAGAGCUGCUAAAGCUGCCAAGAUUGCUCCAAGACCAUUGGACUUAUUAAGACCAGUUGUCAGAGCCCCAACUGUUAAAUACAACAGAAAGGUCAGAGCCGGUAGAGGUUUCUCCUUAGCUGAAAUUAAGGCUGCUGGUUUAACUGCUGCUUACGCCAGAACUAUUGGUAUUGCUGUUGACCACAGACGUCAAAACACAAACCAAGCCAUCUUCGAUGCUAAUGUCCAAAGAUUAAAGGAAUACUUAUCUAAGAUCAUUAUCUUCCCAAGAAACGGUAAGGCUCCAGAAACUGAACAAGUCUUAUCUGCUUCUGCUUCUUUCCCAAUUGAACAACCAGUUGAAGACGUUAAGCCAAGAGCUGUCGAAGACAACGGUGUUUCUGCUUACAGAACUUUAAGAGAAGCUAGAUCUGAAAAGAAAUACAAGGGUAUCAGAGAAAAGAGAGCUAGAGAAAAGGCUGAAGCUGAAGCUGAAAAGAAGAAAUAG